AUGAGAACCAGCCAUGGAGCACUACUCCUUGUUGUUGCCAUGGUGAUGGCCAUGCUGUCAACAGGGAUCUGCAAUGCGCCAGCGCCAGCGCCAGGUAAGGAGGAGUUCCCGCCAGAGUAUAGGUGCUCGAAGGUCCUCUACUCCAGCGGCUGCAACGACAAGACAUUGACGACGUGCGAAAACAAAUGCUUCAACCAGCUAAAGGGUGACGGGCUGUGCAUCCGAGGGGCGUGCCAGUGUUCCUACAUGUGCAAGCCGCCGCCCGGUGACAUCUGA